AUGGACAUAGGCAAAAUCGAACUCGAAAUAAUGAACGACGAGGACAGCGCCCUGUCUGCCAACGUGCACAAGAACUUUCUGGACAAGGUAAACUUCCAUUUUGCACUCUUUUAGUAAAGACGUUUGACAGUGGCACCACUGCGACCAGAUUUACCCCUCCCAAUGGUUAGAAUUUAGGUAAGAAUAAACUGUGUAACCCCAAUGCAGAAAAGCCAAUCAAUUUUAAGUCUGAUUUCAACAUGCCCACGCUCAGAACCCUGUAGUGCCUCCUCCAUACAUGUGAGUCUACCAACUGGCCGUCCUUUGUAUUAAUGUAUACUUCCUGUAUUGUGUACAAAUUUAAAUUCAAGCUCUGCUGCCCUCUGCCUCGUCGUCUUACUACUCAGUGGCCCAAGUCUGCAAACGUCUCUAACCACCAUGAUAUUUCUCAGGUGUUCUGAAAGGCAAAACCUCGGUUACCUACUCACUGUUCGAGGUCAGGAGAUCAAAUUGAGCCUAAGCUCCACCCACCUGGAAUUCAAGGUGCAUAUGAACAGCCUUAAGUUAAGUAAGCGUUUGGCCACGCUAAUGACUCAGCAAAACGCAACGGAAGGAGUCUGUUAAUUUUGCUGCGGCAAAUUAGCUGUCCAAGCAGGAUCUCUCAGACAACCAUCAUAGAAUCCACGAGAAGAAUGCCGGGCUCAGCUAACUAACAGUCAGAUUUAAAUAAUGCAUCUGUUCUAACAGUGACAAAGUCGGGAGUAUCGGUGGGUUUGAAAAUAAAACGCCAAGCGGUCGGCCUGAGUAUAACCGUGUGGACUACCAAGCCUCGGCCAACAGUCGUGAAGUCGGUCAUAAACGAUUCAGUUGUUAGAAGACGGUUGAAAUUACAGAAAAUAAUCGUCGCACAAGGCUGUAUGUUAUCGAAAAAUCCGAUAGAAAACGUGCGAGAUGGACUACAAUAGACGCUGGGAAUGCUAAGGCCAAUAAGGUGACUGUUUUUUGAGCCGCUGGACACUGUCCGACCAUUCCAGUUCCCGGAAUAAAUGUGAACGGAAAUUCUUCAUUGCAUAAUAUAGUUGUCAUGUUGAUAAAUGAGUCGGGGAAUUCAUUGCAAAAGGUCAUUUAGUGAGCGAAAACAUGGCGGUCAGAUUCGGAUUCCUGUUCGAACUCAUCAUUAGAGACAAAUGCAGGUAUAGGUGUUUCAUACAUAAGGGGCUGUAGGAUCUAUAAUAUAUAGUCGCCGCUCAAUCCUCAUCACCACCGUUUCAAUAAGGCACUUUCCACCGGUUAUCUUUUCCUGACCCCGAUCAUGUGCUUUAUCCUCGCAGCAUUCACUUGCUGGAACGAAGUCUAACCACUUCUUAGUGUGCUAAAGCCUUUUGAUUAACGACUUAUGCUUCGCUCGUCUGGGAUAAAAUUGGAUUGCCUGAAAGACGCUGAUGGUUGUCUUUCAUCCGUUUACCAGAAGUACGAUUUCCCAGUAGCUAACAAUCAGAUCGACACGGUGGGAUCCCACCUGUCCCUCGAGGACUCCUUUUUGGACUUAAUCCUUGCGCCAUAUUUGUCGGCUAUCUGGAUAUUUCAAUUUUCAGGUAAUUUGCGGCUGAUGAUAAAAACAGGGAGGCCAAGUGGUUGUGUCCUUAUUUUUGCAUCCUAAACGGUACGUCCGGGAACACAACAUUUGAAUGUUCCGUCUCGACUGUCCUUGUCAACGUCAACAGCCCCCCCCCAGAAACCGUCAGGCGUCUUCUCAUACCUGGGCGGCAAGAUCUUAUUUUGUAGCCGUAUAUGUUAGGGGUUGGGUUAGGGUUUUGGGUUAAGGUUAGGCUUUAGGGUUUGGGACCAGGCCGAGGCUUGUCCACCGCUGGUACGGCUACGAAAUAAGAUCCGCCCUCAGGGGCAGUUGGAGUUGUGUACAGACCCAAAGAAACAAUCUGGGGGAAAACCUGUCACGUCGGGAAAUGUCAAAAUCCUUUACCUCAGUCGGUGCAGCUGGAAAGAGAGCAAAUGCUUUAAAAACCCAAAAUUUAAAAAUCAGCUGCCAAAAAUUUAGCAGUAGAAGGAGGAAUAAUUUCAACUUCCAUGCCGCUGCUCUCUCAUUUUCCCAUGAUGACACCUUUUAGACCUACUAAAUUGAGAUUCUGCCAAGAGGAGACAACCGCAUGGGUUCCGAGCUCCAAGAGUUUUUAUUCUGCGGCCGGUAGUCGAGUAACAAUCGCAUGAUCUGCCGGCUUCAUAUUCUGCUCUGGGAUCAUGGCUGUGCAGAGUACUUAACCACGCAGGUGAACACCACUACCGGCGACUCUGUUAACUAGUCAGUUUGUUGGGUCUUAGCCACGUUAAUAAUUAAUAACUGUGAUGAAAUCACAACAAUUAAUCAUUUGAAUGUGAAUGGGCAAUCAACUGAUGCACUAAAUAUUACCAUAAGCGGUAAAUAUUAAUGCUUAUUACAUGAUAACUGCAUCUCCUAUGAUUGCAUCGCUUUUUCGGUGAUUGUCACGCAUUAUAUGACUGUGGGUCUUAAACGUCAGGUGAUUUAGAUUUCUUGUUCAAUAAAUCACAUUCAUUGCUUCUGAACCUCGCUUAUAUAUACUUAUAAACACAAACCCGCUUCAUACGAUGUGAUACGCAAUGAUUAAAAGCGGAUGCAACUUGACUGGGAAAUUGUGAUUGGCUUUGAAUUAAGUCAACUUUUUUAUGCGUAAAAGACUCUCGGCAGUUUUAACUUUAUUAGCAAUGGCGUUUUUAUUGCUUUUGUACAGGACUGCAUAACUGCUGACUGGUUAUCCGCUAUAAUUUGACUUCCAAGAUUAGGGAUUGGGUACGAUAGACCGAUGGCGACAGGUAAACCACAGAGAUGAAUUGGCAUCUAAAGCGUAUGUGUUUACUCAUUUGACCAAGUUAUACUUACAACGGAUGAGCUAACUCAUGAAAUGUCAACCGAAAUUUUGAAAUGCGUUUUAUUUUAAAAAGAUUAAUUAAGUAGGGUUGCAAAACUAGCCGGCCUGCAACAUAGUUCUAUAAUAUUUCGGUUACUUCAGGAUGCCGGCUUUCGAAUGAAUUUUUUUCUGGCUGCAUGAAAAAAUUGUACGCUGUAAAAAAUGAUUACUUAUGCAGCGUACACUUUUCUCAGUGAUUUUCGAUGCCCCUAAAAUUCCAAUUAUAUUUCAUGGAAAACAUGAAUACAAAUAUUGAAAACAUGCAUAUAAAUACUCAUUCUUUUGCACAUACGGUAACUAUCUACGUCUUCUUUUAAUCUCCUACUCGAAGGACGGAUAUAAUUCGGUUUUCGAAAACCUUUCCAAUUCCCGAACAAUUUUGUACCCGCUCCACCGCUAAACUCGGAUUCAGGAUUUCCAAAUUACAAGCAGUAUAUUUCCCGCGUACGCAAAACAACGCAUUUCUCUACGGUAAUAAAGGGGACCAUAUAGGGUUCUUAAAAUUAAGCAGCAGAUUUGAUCCAUAUUGUUAACUUUACAAGCCAUAUUGGCAAAUGCAGAAACAUGACGAUUGGUUAACGGCCAUUUCAUUUAGAGGUUCCACAGUUAUAAACUUUAUUAAAACCGAAUUAUGUCCCUUCUUCGAGUAUAAAAUUAGAAAAUGUAAUUUUUCACCGACUGAGCAAAGGAAUAAGUAUUUUUAAGUAUACUUUCCAUGAAUUAUAAUUGGCAUUUAGGGACAUCGAAAAUCAAUGGGAAAAAUUAAUGCCACUUAAGUAGUCGUUUUUUGCAGCGUGAAGUUUUUGCACGCAGCCGGAAGGAAUUUCAUUCGAAAGCCGACACCUUAAGGUAACUGGAUCACUACAGAAUUAUGCUGCAGGCUGAGUAGUUUUACAACCCUAAUUAACUAAACUUUCCGAAACGUAUUUUGGAAUUUCGGUUUGCAUUUCAUGAGUCAGCCCACCUACUGUAUGUCUGCACAUGCUCAAGGAAAUAAAAUUCUGCAUUUAAGAUUUUAACAUGGAAGAAAUGCAGGCAAAAACAUGUUCAUGAUCGGAAAGAAAAACUGUUCGAAAAUUGUCAUUUUGUUGGAACUCCGUUCUAUAAAAGGUCAUCUGAACAGCGCGAUAGUACGUCCAGGUUCACAGGCCAAGCAAACGCCAACUUUAUUAAGCCUAACCCAUCACCACUUCGAAUGCUAGUAUGACCUGCCUAUGCAAAAUCUUUUCACUGCAUAUGCACAUUUUUUUAUGUUUUCUUGUGGGGCAGGGUAUGUCGGUCGAACGACCAAGCGUCUGCCCAAAUGGACGCAAGAGCAUCCUCCUGCCUUUCUUAACCAAGACACAAUCGUGGCUCAUCUGAUCGACAGAUGAAGAUGUCAGUCGGACCUUUCGAAUCAACUAGGAGGCGCCAGCGGGACACAUUAUCUUUUUAUGUCAAAGAUUCCUAAUGAUUGUAGACACAGUGACCAUACGGUUAGUCGACAGGUCUUUUGGUAUCGGAGGGCAUUCUUUUCAAACCCUUUAAUCGUCCCUCCCAGGUGCUCUCCUCCUCCACCACAUCACUACAUUUCGUUUCAGAUGCGAAAAAAAUUAACAGCCCACCGAUACCCUCGCUCUAGUUGCUCCCCAUUUCAGGGUAUGUCCAGUCAGCCCUCAACACUGUCCCUCAACGCAUUUCAUUAAUUAUCAACCCUGACGUGUAGAUUUCAUAGGCCUUACGGUGAAUAAUCAAAAAACUUGACCGUCGAGCUACUUUCAAUCCCCGGAGUUAACUUGCGUUAGGCAGCGAAAACAGGUUGUUUCAAUGCCCGUGAACCAUCUCAAUCCUCACCUCCUCCCAGCCCACACAUGACUUACAAAUGACUCAUGAAAUGUACACCGAAAUUCCGUGAUGCGUUUUCGUUUCAAAAAUAUUAAUUAAAUCGGGUUGUCAAACUAAUCAUCCUGCAACAUAAAUCUAUACUAUUUCAAAUACGACAGAAUUCCGGCUUUCGAAUGAACUCCCUUCCGGCUGCUUGUAAAAUCUACACUCUGUAAAAAAACGACUACUGUAGUAGCAUAAAUGAUUCUCAUUGAUUUUCGAUGUUUCUAAAAAUCCAAUUAUAUUUCAUGGAAAACAUACACAAAAAUAUUUAUCCUUUUGCUCAUUUGGUGGAAAAUUUUGUUUUUUCUUUAAUUUUAUGCUCAAAGAGGGAGAUAAUGCGGCUUUAAAAACAUUUCUAUUUGUGGGACUUUUAAAUAUCGUGAAAUUGCUGUUCAUAAAUCGUCAUGUCUCUGCAUUUAGCAAUGUGGCUUGUAAAGGUAACAAUAUGGAUCAAAUCCACUGCUUAAUUUUAUGAACCCUAUAGGGUCCCCCUUUAUUACCGUAGAGAACGUUGCCGUUUUUCGUACGCGGAAAAUAUGCGGCUUGUAGUUUGGAAAGUCUAAAUCCAAGUGUAACAGUAGAGCUGGUUAAAAGUUAUUCGGAUAGUGGAAAAGUUUUUGAAAACCAACGUAUGUCCUCUCGUUGAGUAUAAAAUUAAAAAACGACGUAAUUUUCUACCGAAUGAGCAAAAGAAUUAAUAUUUUUGUAUCUUAUUUCCAUGAAAUAUAAUUGGAUUUUUAGAGGCAUCGAAAAUCAAUGAGAAAAGUUUAUGCUACUCAAGUAGUCAUUUUUUACAGUGUAUUUCUUGAAUUCAGCCGGAAGAAAGUUCAUUCGAAAGCCGGCAUCCUGAAAUAUUAUAGAAUUAUUUUGCAGGCUGACUAGUCUUAAUUAAUCUUUUUGGAACGAAAACGCAUUUCGGAAUUUCGGUUGACAUUUCAAGAGCUAGCCCACCUACUGUGCAUGCGGCAUGCGGGAGGUAGACCGAUGACAAAUGCGUUUCAUCUUAUGGCCACCUCAGGGAAGUGCAUAUCAUUAGCGAUCAUUAUCAUUUGUGGUUAGCUGAAGAGUGGGUUGUAGACCGCGGCAGUAGUAUAGGUUAAGAAACGUGCAAACCGCUAACAUGGACUAUCUCUUUUGGGGAGCGGACGAACAGCUGGCGUUUGUCAGUUUAAAUCUUGAGUGAACCGUUACAGAACAGAAGUUUCAAAGAAGGCCUUACAUUAUACACGGGCCUCUGUGUGAAGCGCUAACUGUGGACAGUGUUUUCGCCUACAGAGGACUAAAUCUGGCCGGGGUACACGGUGUCCAAAACAGGUACAUUCGCUCUUAUUUCAGUCGUUCUUUAGUGAAUGGCCAUUAAAUGGUUCGUGUUAUGAUACGUUGCAAAUGCAUCAAUUCUUUGCAAGAUAAACCUCGUUAAGUGGCUGGUUGUGUUUUUUGUCCUUAAUGUUAGGUGUGCGGACGAUACGUCCACUUGAGAACUUGGCUUAGAAUGCUGGUCGGAAGGGACUUAUGGAAGUACCGCUCCUCGCAGGAAGUUCUGUUUAGGCUGACACGUUGAUGUAAUACUUGCCUCACAAAAUCCAGCAGAAUGUCGAAAUACACUGUACUUUCUAUCAUACCUUUACACUAUUAGUCAUUGUCAUUUGAGGGAGAAAAGUCGGUGAGUCAGGCCGCGAUGCCUAGAUAGAACGUUCUUUUGUGAUUUCAUCGAAAUAAUUACGAAGCCCAGGAAGGUCUGUGUAACAUGAAUUCUGCCGGCUAAGUAAUCGGUUUCAACGAAAUACUUUAGGUUCGAAUCUACCUAUCUCGCUGUUACUAUGGGUCCCACACGCUACUAACCGCUUACUUUGAUUAAGGAAUUAAACAUGUUUUAUAAUCAUGAAAUAAUUCAUAGUAGAACUGGCCUACCACUUACUUAAGAGAUUACAUAUCCGUUCUGAACAGGCGUUAAAAAAUUCAUAUUUUCAGAAAAAUGCAUGAGGCCACCGGGCAAGGAGUGCCUGCAUUCAUACAGGAACAAAUCACCAUAGACUGAAUAUGAGAGAAGACGAUAGGCAUAGAGUCAUUCAAUAUUUGUAGGAUAACUUCUUUGCGCAGCAUAGCACUUUAAUUACCGGCUUACUAUCGUAGCAACUUGCAGUCCACUCCGUACCCUCCUGACAGCUGUCAUUGUUUACACUUUGCCCUUGCUAUUGCCGUCGCAGAGUUAAGAGCUCAUUUGUCGUUAAAGCUAAGCAUAGCUCGUUUCGCCUAUGUUGGCAUAUCCAUCAAAUAAAACGCACUUUAUUUGACGCGGGGACCAACGACAGCAUUUUUUAAGAAGCGUUCCGCAUGUACACCACGGUGUAGGUUUUUGCCUUCUUCUAACGUGCAUCACAGCUCGAGUUACGCAAUCAACCGCUCCGAAUGUUGGGCUACACUUGCUACGUCAACUUCAUCCUGACGUUCAACUGACUUUAUCAUGACAAACUGGCAUUCAUUUUCUUCUUUCUUUCUCCCUUUUUUCUGCUUCAACAUCAUUUCUUCAUUAUUAACGUCAUGCAGAACCGGCACAGUCUGGUUUGUGAGUCUGGCAUCACCCUGCAACAGGUAUUCUCAUGACACGAGCCCUGAAAAUUUAAUUAUGACAACCUGUCCUGGACUGCUCCGACCUCCCUAGUUGUUACGUGUUAUUCUCUUAAAAGUUCGCCUUUUUUGAAUUUGCGCCUGUCGAAUCGGUAACAGCUUGCGUUCUGCCCUGUCAUUUUUCACUCAAUAUAUUCGAGCCGAGACAGUGCAUUUGGCGAUCAACUGCAAACUGAGGAAAGAAAGUAAAGGUUUGAUUUAUCCUUUCACUUAUGUCCCAAUCACGUUCACUACUUCUUCUAUUGCACUGAAUGGUCGCUGAUAUUGCGACCACAAGAAUACAAAUUAUCUCCCGUUUCAAAGAAUUUCUUAAGUAUAAACUUUUCAAAACCAAAUUAUACCCUUCCUUCAUGCAUAAAAUUCAAAGGUGUAAUUUUCUACUAAAUGAGUACACGGAUGAAUACUUUUAUUCAUGUCUCCCAUGAGCUAUAUUUGAAUUCACAAGGGUAUUGAAGAUCAGCGAGAGAAGCUUUUACUACUUAAGUAGCCAUUUUUACGGAAUGUAUUUUUGCAGCUGGAAGGAAAGAAGUUCAUUAAAAAGCCAGCGUCUCGACGUAAAUGGAAUAUCUUAAGAUUGUGCCGCAUUUUGAUUAAUUUUGAAGCCCUACUUCAGUAAUCUUUUCCAGUCAAAAACGCAUUUCGGAAUUUUGGCUAUCAUUUCAUGAGUUAGCACAUCUACUGUACGUAUUCAUUCGCAUCGAACCCAUGCAUCGUUUAACUUCUUUGGUCUAUGCAGAUGCUGAUACAAUGUGAUAUAGCAUCAGUUAUUGAUCACAUGGAAUGAUAGUGGAAGUUCUGGAAUGCGUUUUCGAUUGGGAAGGAGUACACAGGUGGGGUUGUGAUAUUAUUUUUCAUACAUUAUAGUACCUUAAAAUUUCGGACUCGCCAGGCUAUACUAGCUCAUAGGCAGAGACCGCGCUUUCACAUUCUGUCAGGCAUCACUAUUACUGACGUAUAUAAUCUGAACAUUACACCUGGCCUGGAGGGAGUGGAAUUCGCAGUGCGAAUGUACACAAAUAAAAAGCGCUUUCAUCAGUCGGUGAUCUUGUUCUAUUUUGUCCGUUAUUUCCUGGUAUGCGUGAAAUUCACAAAUAACUCGCCUAGUCUUGAACGGUUUCAUAUUUUCUGAGUAGGACCCGUAAACGAUCCGAAACUCAUAAUUGUCGGGCAAUGCAGCGCCAUGCAGUGUCAUUCGAUUUCCCCAUCACGAUCUCUGCAAACACACUGAUUGGGGUUCAUUCAUUUUUCCAAAGCUGGUUAAGCUCGAGGAAUCGUUCCCGCCUCUACGUUUAUUCAAGGAACAUUUAUGUUGGUCGUAAUAUCGCCCAUUCCAUUUUUUGCUUGCCCACCACGCCGAGACACAUUAAGUGAGUCAUUCAAAAUGGAAGUCGAUAUAUUUGCCGAAAAUCGACGAAAAUGAUUUAAUGUGUUUAGAAUGCCUCCAGUAAAACAAAAAACUGGUGUAUUGGACUCUUGAAACAUGUUGGUAUGAAUUACUAUGGUGUAAUCGUUUCAGACGACUGUGAGUCGCAGAAAAGAAUUAAACAUUUUUAAUAUGCACAUUUGCGUGGUCCAUUGUUAGUAUCAAUAAAUUCUGUUGUGUGCGCUGGUUUUGAAUUCUUACUGGGAAUAAAUUGUUUUAAGUACAGACAUGAAUUUUGACUGCCUUAAUCUGCCUGAUUUGCAAUUUAUUUCCGCACAUGAAUUAAUUAAGUGGAAGGAAGGCUGAUUAACUCAGCGCAUUGAAGCUACCAUGAUGCGCUUGAAGGGCUUUUGACUGGCGAUAUAACCAGGACCACGCCGUCGGUCAAAUGUAUGUUUAUGGACGGAGCGUCAGGCUGCAAUUGCUCCCUCGUAAUGCGGCCUUUACUGUACUGCCAUUCCGUGGGAUCUGAAUCUGAUGAGGCCGCACGCCUAGGGGGCGGCCCCAACCACGCAAGUUUCCCGCGUCCAAUCCCAUCUCCGGUCUUCCUGACUGUUCGCUUACACCGUACCCAGGUUGGGGAGGAGGAGAGAGUACGGUAGAUGUUGUGCAAGUCUACUAGCAUUAUAAAAUUAGUUAAGAAGAUGAAGAUGCGAUCACUGGAACAAGAAAUUUAUUUGCCUGACGUUUUAGAAUCUCACUCGAAUCAAUCGUCACAGACACUCGCAGAUAAAGAUGAUGGUGGCACCAGGAGUGCAGUAUAUAUAGCCCGUAGCUGCCGUGGGACCGUAUGCGCACUACAAUUAGCUGUUCUCGCAAUAACCGCUGGGGUCAUAAUUGAUGCGGUGGUGGCUUGUCGGUCCGAGUCCGAGUCGUUAAUUGCCGCGAUUUCGUCAUCCGUGCUGGACGCUGGUGUGACGAUCGCUCGGCAAACUGGCUCACUGUCACCGUGAUAAUUGCUCGCCCGCGCCCUCCCCACGUGACUGAUUCUCCUGCCCAGGGGAAAUCGCAGUACGCUAUAGGGUACCGGGAGGACAUUGUCCUUGUUGAUGGAUUGCGGGCCUGUGAACCAUGACUCGAGCAGCUCGCGGCUCACGCGGUUGUCACCCCUUGCGAGGAUUUCGGCCUCUUGAAAUUUGAAAAUAUGGUCGGGUCCCGUCGAGUGUGCCGCCACCUGAGAGUUAGCGUCUCCCCGCCUCACUGCUGCUGCGUGCUCGGCAAUUCGCGUACGGAGUAAUCUCCCAGUUUCUCCGACAUAACUGCUUUGUCCGCAACUACACCAGAUACGGUAAACGACUCCAGACGGUUCCUACCGUGGCAGCGGGUCUUUUGGCCUCAUGACUUGGCGCUUAAUGGUUGCUUGCGGCCUGUGUGCAAUUCUAACUCCAAGUGGAGUGAGAAGACGACUGACGGCUUCCGAGACGCACUUCACGUACGGAAGAGCCUGCCAAAAUUUGGGGCCGGUUGGAUUUGGUCCUGGUGUCCUUUUCGUAUGCACUGGUUGACAAAGUUGCGUGGGUAACCAUUGUCUCUCAUUACUCGUCGAAGAUAUUGUAAUUCAGCAACCUUGUCUUCCAUUUCACUGCAGUGCGUCUCAACGCGCCGGUAUAGCGCCCUUACGCAACUGCGUUUGUGACUGAUCGGGUGGUUGCUAUUGAAGAUCAGUAUAUGCGUCGUAGUUGUCGCUUUCCUGAACACUUUGCUUUUUAGGCAACCACAAUCUUUGCGGGAGACGAGGACAUCCAGGAAGGCCAGCUGGUUGUCUUCCUCCUCCUCCAUCGCGAAUUGAAUGUUCGGGAAGACGCCGUUGAGUUGUUCUUUGAGCGUCAGCACCUGAUCCCGUUCAAUGACGAUGAAGGUGUCAUCCACAUACCGAGCCCAAAAUUUCGGUCUGUGGUGUCGGAAAACCAGCGACUCCAGCCGUUGUAG